AUGGGAUGGAUUAAACCAGACUUUCUUGUAUUUUCUGGAACACUGGUUAAUGAACGUACUAACAAGUGGUUUGUGUUACAACGUCGAAAGGGACAUGGCACAAAAGGUUUUGGAUCUUUUCUUGUAGCAACGCUUGAUUCUGUUUUUGACACAUGUCCGCCGCCUUUUCGGAUUCUUUAUCAAUACGAUGGUCUGCCAGAGCAAGUUUCAAUAGUUAUUAUAGAGGAUGAAAGCUUCAUUAACGAGACGAUAUUGCAUCGGUUUCAUAGGCUGUUUAGCUUACCUCAAGAGGAGAAGCUUGUUAAUUAUUAUACAUGUUGUUAUUGGAACGGUAAAGUUCCUUGUCGUGGACAAGUUUUUCUUUCGGUGAAUUUCCUGUGUUUCUAUUCCUUCAUAAUGGGAAAACAAAUUAAGUUUUCCAUCAAAUGGGCUGAUGUACUCAAGGAUAUGCCGUUAUUAUUUCCUCAAACUCUGACUGUUGUGACACGCAAUCAGACAUACAACUUCUCAAUGUUUAUAAAUUUUGAUGAGACCUACUCUCUGGUCGCUCAACUGGCUAAUAUCGCUAUGACACAAUUAGUUGAAGAGCGGGGAUUUUGCGAAGAUACAGCAUUGAAGAAAAAGAUUGUUGCAGAAAGUGGGAAGAAAAAAACUAGUAAAUCUCGUGCCUGCUUUAUAAAGCGUGAUCUUGAUGCGCGAUACAGAAGUGAAUUAUACAGAUGCAAAUUUUCAUUACCGCACUUGGAAAAAUUAGAUGGUGAUGCACUUUGCCGAUUGUUCACUCCUUAUGAUAAACGAUAUGUUCCUGGUCGCCUGUAUCUCUCACCUCAUUUUGUUUGCUUUGCUUCAAAGGUUGCUCGGUUAGUUAACGUUGUCGUACCAUUGUUAGAUAUAGAUUACGUCGAAAAACACUCCACAACUGGUGAACCUGGUGUUCAGGCUGGAAUAUUUUUGUGUUUGAAAGAUAAGGUUACGUUUUAUUAUCAUUUUUAUCUGAUUAUGACUUGUGUCAAAAUAUUACUAAUUAUUAUUUGUUUACUUUUAGACUCUAAAUGGAGAUUAUUAUUUGAUGAAUACGGUUACGGCAUAUCUAUGUACCGGACGGUUGAUCUUCAUAGACUGCUUUUGGAAGGUAUUCCGCUGAAACAUCGGAGCAAUAUGUGGAUGAUCUGUUCCGGUGCUGAGGCGGAAAUGGCACUUAAUCCGGGAUAUUAUUCCCAAAUACUGAAAACAAAUAGUGGCAGUUCGAUUACAGCGUUGGAGGAAAUUGAAAGAGAUCUUCAUCGCUCACUUCCGGAGCAUCCGGCAUUCCAGCAGAGAGUCGGUAUUGAUGCGCUACGGCGAAUUCUAACUGCGUAUGCGUUUAGAAAUCCAAACAUAGGAUACUGUCAGGCAAUGAAUAUUGUUGGAAGCGUUCUACUCUUGUUUAAUAGCGAAGAAAAAGCAUUUUGGCUGCUUGUUGCGAUUUGUGAACGUUUGCUUCCUGACUACUACAAUACAAAAGUUGUCGGUGCUUUAGUGGACCAAGUUGAGCGAGCUCUGCCAGAAGUCCACUCAAAAUUGAAAAGGUUGGGAAUUGAUGAUAUGGUUGCACUUUCUUGGUUCCUAACUGUGUUUUUAAAUGCUGUUAAAUUCGAGGCGGCUAUCAGGAUUAUGGACUUGUUUUUCUGGGAUGGUUCAAAAUUGUUGUUUCAAGUGGCGUUGCAAAUUCUAAAAGAGAAUAAAGAAAAGAUCUUGGAUGCAGGUGACGAUGGAGAGGCGUUGGUUGUUUUAACCGAGUACACAAAUCGGCUUACAGAUGUUGAGCAAAAUUUCGAGAAGGAUGAGGUGUUUCUCUUUUCUUCUCACUUUUCAGAUUUGAAUAGGAUCUCAGUGUAUGUUGGUCAUCUGAUAGCAAACUCCUACGAGAAUUUUGGACACUUUUUUGACAAUGAACUGAUUGAAAGGUUACGGUUGAAGCACCGGUUGAAGGUAGUUCAGAGUUUAGAAGACAAUCAGAUGAAAAGUGUUAUAAGAAGUGUGGGAAGUGCCUGUAGACUGGAUGCUUCAGAAUUGGAAGCCCUUUAUAAUUUGAUUAAGGAAGAACAUUUGGUGUGGAGAAACCGCUACCCCUAUUCUUAUCCGAGAGGAGCAGCAGCUUUACCGGAGCGUUGCUCCCUUGAUCCGUGCAAUCACUCGCAGUAUAAGAUAGAUUUCGAGCUUUUUUCACACUUUUUUCCGAAGCUUCUUCCUUGGAACACAAACAGACUUUUCGUCGUCAGAGUUUUUAGGAUGUUGGACACAAACGAUUGUGGUCUGCUUACUUUUCGAGAUGUUGCUUGCUUCUAUGGAUCAAUUUUAAAAGGGGAUCCAAGCGAGAAAUUAGCUGUUUUUUACAGAUGUCAUAUCCCACCUGCUUUUGAUACUUCGGAUCUUGAUAGCGAGUUAAUGGAAAGGAAAGGAUUGGAUGAGAACGGUGAUAUAUUGCGGUGUUACACAUGUUGGAGACCGAUUGCAAACUGCUCGUUUCAUGGGUUAAUUUUAGAGUAUACUGAAUUGGGAACUGAAGCUUCUGAAGAGCUUACCGCAUACCAUGCAUCGAAAAUACUGGAUCCUCUGGUGCACUUGAACAGUCCGGAUAGUUCCUUGCAGGUGCAGUUCAUACAGUUAUGGAAAACCUUCUAUGAAAUGCUCAGUUCCUCCUCAAGCGAGGAGGGUUGCUUCCACUCACUUGCAGUUGUCGGUUUGUUUGAACUUAUUUAUUGUUUUUGUGAGGGUGGAGAAUGGAAGCUGACAUGUGAACAGAUUGUAGCGUCAGUGUUGACGGAACCGUCGCUUGUUGAAUUCUUCGAGAAAAGGUAUUGUUUGAACGAAAAUAGCAAUUUGAAUUUGAUUUACUUAGUAUUUGAGGCUUUAAACAGAAGUAAUGGUGGCAAAAUAAUUACACAUGCCUCCCAUAUAAGGAUGUCGUUAAGUCGCACUUCGUGUUUAUCAACGGAUGAAACUAAAUUUAAGAAAAUGGCUUUAGGUUUUCAAAAGAUUUAG